UUCUGGCCGACAAUUCUUGCAGCGUUUGCGAGAGGUGAUGCACUACAACUCCCAUGGGCUGUUUGUUGGGUCAGGGUGGAUGGGCGUUGCAGUCCAGCCGCUGGAGGGCUUCGCUCUGCCCAGUCCUUGCGGUGGUGGAGGGGCGAGAUGCCCCACUCUGCCGCUACUGGAAAGCCAUGAAAACCUGCAGGGUGGCCAGGAGGCAGUCACCCACUCAGUCUGAGGGCCUGGCCUUCCUCACAGGGUUGUCGUGAUGAUAAAAAAUGGGAAAAGGGAACCAAAAAAAGUGAGGGGCAGUGGUUGAUCGCAGGAGCAACAACAAAUACAAUGAGAAGAAACGUAUGGGGAAAUAAAAGUAAAAAAUGCACUCUGGAUGAACUUGUCACUUAAGAGUCAGGCAAAUGGGGCUUUGGUCCUGGGUGUCAACAUUCAGAGAGAGGAGGAAUGUGCAGGUGAGACAGAUGUGGCCCUGAGCAGAUGUGAGCCACCUCCAGCCACUUCUCCACUCACGAGGAGCUAACCUGUGACGCCUCGGCCCGAAGGAGACGGCGUCCGCACACUGGGGCACGCCAGGCCACGUCACCGUGGGCGUGGGUGAGGCAAAAGAGAGAGGCAGAAAUGCAUGGAGCCAAACCUUGUCUGGUCUCGUCCAAAACUGAACCGUCCACUUGAGCAGGAAAAAAGCCAGGCAGCUGCUCGCUCGUUGGGUCUGUGAAGAAGGAAAGGGAGACUCUGAAGUCAGCCGAAGGGGCGGGCCGCCCGCCGGCUCCCUCGAGGAAGUCUUGGGUCGGGCAACCCUCUCGCUGCUGCUUCUCUUCCCUGCCAGCUGUGGCUCCUUUCUCUCUCCCCCCGAGGCCCCCAAGAGGUCUCUGGGAGACACGGGCCUGAGCCACCCAACCUGGGAGGCCUGGGCAACAGUCCUCCUUGCUUUGAAGGCUACCGAUCCCGUGUGCGGUGGGAAGAGAAAGAAGCCUCUCAAGCCCCGAAGUUCUCAGGCCGUUGUUCACCAGGAGCAGCCGCUUGACUGUCCAUGCUGAACGGGAGAACCCAGCAAUUAUUAAAAGACACAGGAUAUACAACGUGUGACUCACUUGUUUGCUGGAGAGCCGCUCUUAAACCCUCGCACCCGGAUCUACCGCGCAAAUCUUCCCGUUUCCUUGUCUCCCUGGGUUUUUCAAACAAGAGGUGUGAAACAGGACCCUUGGAGCUGCGGUUUCUGAGGGCAGGCACCAGAUCACAACAUUCCAGCCAAGAUGGAGACGUUCAGCUCCCGCAACCUGGCCCUGCAAGCCGAGAAGAAGAUCCUCAGCCGGAUGGCCAGCAAGUCCAUGGCAAACAUGUUCAUCGACGACACCAGCAGCGAGAUCCUGGACGAGCUCUACCGGAUCUCCAAGGAGUACACCCAGAACCGGGCCGAGUCCCAGAAGGUCAUCAAGAACCUCAUCAAGGUGGCCGUCAAGAUCUCCGUCCUCUACCGCAACAGCUGCUUCAGCGAGGCGGAGCUGAACUGGGCCGAGGAGUUCAAGCAGAAGCUCCACCAGGGAGCCAUGACGGCCAUCAGCUUCCACGAGGUGGACUUCACCUUCGAAAAGGCCGUCCUGGCUGAAAUCCUCCAGGAGUGCCGGGACCUGCUGCUGAGGCUGGUGGAGAAACACCUGACGCCCAAGUCCCACGGGCGCAUCCGGCACGUCUUCGACCACUUCGCUGACACGGAGUUCCUGGCCUGCCUCUACGCGCCCGGGGGCCCCUACCAGCCACGCCUGAAGAAGAUCUGCGACGGGAUGAACCGUCUCAUUGACGAGGGGAAGCUAUGAAGGCGUCCGGAGGCGGCGGAGAAAGGGCGAGGGCAAGCCGGAGGCCGGAGGGCAAAGACAAAACGCGAGACAUCUCACAGACCCCACGAACCUGGAAGCCGUAAAGCGUUUCAUCGGCUUCGGGAACCAUCAACGCGACCGGUGGCGUCUCCUGUGGUCUAGCUGACGGGCGACUCCUCUUCGCCUCCACGGCCAGAGUGGUUCACUCUGUGGGGCCCACAGCGGCCACCGCAUUUGGAGGACAGGGCAUGGCUCCAAUAGAGACACCCCUCUGGCCACUAGAACGCUCUCCCAUCAAACCCGUCCUCAUAAUUUCUAAACUUAGCAGCUUCAUAUGGCAGCUCAUAAGGACUAGAAACUUGACUUUUUUGUGAGUGGAGGAAUGAACUCUUUUCUAUAGAAUGGCGGUGGGGUAGAGACAGAACUUCUCAGUUUCUCCGGUGAGAUACAUUUGCCUUAUUCCUUGCUAAACUUUCCUGGCCUAUUACCGGGGGGCGGGGGGAGAGAAGUGGGGAAGAAAAUAUACAUACACUUGAAUAUUGUUUUCUGAUAAACUCUACUUUCUGCUGUGAAUUUCCUGCCACAAGCCAUAGAAACGAUUCUUUGAAAGACAGAUCAAGUGGUUUUUUUUUAAAAAGAUGAACUUAGAAGUUAUUCUGUUCUGCUUUUUGAGGGGAAGUGGAUGAAGAAACCCCAAUUUAGCUAGGAUUUAGCCUUGCUCCCUGUUUCUGUAACUGAAGCUGAAAACCCCUUUUGCAGCAGCUUUGCUCUGGACAUGGUAGUUGAGGACGGUCUCUGGCUGCUAGGAGACUACACACUAAGGGCCAGGGGCCUUAUUCCAGCGACAGAAAGGGCCAAUGGACGAGGGAGCAUAUGUUUAACUUUAAAAUGCCAGCAUAUUUUUACUUUAUGGCUGUCACUCUUGGGGACCUAAGUGAAGGCAUUUUGGCCUUCCAAAGUAAUCAUUCAAAAAGAAAGGGCAAAAGCUAGGAAAAUCUCAAAUUAGAGGGUGUGGGGGGGGAGACUGCUGGGGGUCGAACCCCACGGAGGUUGGAGGGGAACUUCCAUGAGGGCCGGACUCAGCUCUAGGGUUCCUGAGAGUUGAGGGUUUCUCCCAUCCUGAGAAUCCGUAGGGUAGCCUCAUCCGUUGUUCAAAAGCAGAGCCCCACAUUGCCAAAAAAAGGGGGCAGGUUAAGCAACUGGAGGGCUUCUCCCCCCCCCUCACCCCACAGGGGAUCUGCCCCAGGGUUUCUUUGCUUCUUUGCCAUUUUGCGGGGGGGGGGCAGUUGCUAAUAUUCUCAGGGAAUUUUCUGGGUCAUGCUUCCUCCUUUGCCCCUUUUGACUCAGGGAAUGAAAAUGUGGAAAUAAAACUUUUACACUCGGC